AUGCCAUCUGCAUGGAACCCCUUCCUCUACAUCAAGACUGCUUUUGCAACCAUUGAAGAUGUGAAGUUCGUUCCUGGAGCCAAGGAUCCCGAGAAGCCCAACUUCGUGGAUCGCUUCCUCUUUUGGCGCUCCUGCGCCCUGCGGGUCGGCAACAUGGCUGCCAUUACUUUCGUGAUCCUGAGCCUGAACGACUUUCAGAUGGCCUGGCGGAAUGUGCGGAACAAGCUGGAGGCCUUCCCUGAGAUGAUUCGGCCCUACUUCUCGCGCUUCAUCUACGCAGAGCUCUUUGCCCAGACCAUGUCUGAGAUGGCUUCUGUCGUUGCAGUCUUCGUCUUCAUGCGGGCAUGGAAGGAGCAGGACAACUUCGAGCGAAGCUCCGAUCUUACGCGCUUGGGUUGGUUCAUGAAUACCAUGGGCCCGUUUCUGCCCUAUCUCGUCGUGCCGCUGUCCUUCUUCUUCCGUGUGGACUACUUCCAGCGAGACGUGUGUGCUUCGGUGAUUGGCAUGCUGAUGCACGACCCCCUGUCUAGCCUCGUCUUCGCCCAAGCGGCCAGCAGCUGCAGUGAGUCCGAGCUGGCAGCUGCCCUCUCAAAUCCCUUACAGAAGCCUCCCCGCUUCGGUGAGCCAGGCUUUGACGAGUCUGCGGCAGCGGCUUGGUGCUGGCGGUUCUACAGCGACUGGCAGCCGCGGCUCUUCAGCGAAGAGUGGAUGGGGAACUCCAUGAACGAUGUCGGUGACGGGCACAGCAUCGAGAUUCCCUCCCUCACCGCUGGAAUGUAUCCUGGCGUCAUUCCGACAGCGCUCACCAUGAUGGCCUCGCUCUUUGGGAAAGGCUACGUGAUGAAGCCAGGCUUUUGCGCGAACGAGCAGGACAAAGCCCUCAGCAAGGCCAACCUGAACGCGGUGGGCGAGAGUAACCCGGACCCAGCCGGCGCCGCUUCCUUCACGGAACGACGUGCGGGUUGGCUGAACGACUGGGGAGCUGCCUUCAUUUUCCGUGAAGAGGACGAGCCGGAGAUCACUGCCUUGCGCCACAAGCUGGUGAAGGCAUACAACAAUCUCACCCGGCUUGAGCGGGAAGACCAGGCGUCCAGUCACCGCCAGAGGAGCUCGGCGAAGUCGGGCCUGUCCCUUGCCGAAAGUGACGAGUUCGUUUGGCCCAUGCCAGGCAAGCAGAGCCCGCAGCUCCUGCGCCGCGAGUCAUCGCGGCGGAAGCCGGGAAGGCGAAAGACCAGCAUGUCCGUGGCUCCCGACGGAGGGUUCCUGGACCUGCCGCAGCCGGAGGAUCUCCUUGAGCUGGGCACUCCCGACCUCACCGGCGUCGCUGGGGGCCUGGGACGACAGGCCAUCUGCACGUUCAAGUCCCUCAUGAUCGCCGCCAUGAAGAUGUGCGCAUUCUGCUACAUCUUGGUGACUACGGCUGUGAGCAUGUACUGCGCAGUGUCCUAUUCCCUGCCUCUGGCAUCGCUCAUCAUUGGUGUGGUCGACGGCCUGGCCGCCGGUGUGGCGAAUGUGAAAGCUGUGCUCAAUCGCUCCUGCCUGCCGGGCUACCUGCAGUCGAUUACCGUUUUCGUGACACUGCCAGGCAUCCUCUUUGUCCUGGUCUUCUUCUCGCAAAUCGGCGGCUCCCCCCUUCUCAGCUGUGCCAUGUGCUGCCUUGCCGUGUGGAGGGCCUUGGACUUCCAAGCCGGGGAGGUGGCUAUUGACAUCAAGAGCCGCAAGAAGCUGGAGAAAGCACAGGACAGGGUGCGGGACUGA